AUGUUGGACCUUGUCGAAAGCUUUGCUCAUAUCAAUGAGCACCACGCCGGUAUUAAAUGUCCAACGAGUGUGUCUUCACCUUCGUUUGGAACUGUAACCACAGGCAUAAAUGAUGUGUUCAGUUCCAGAAAGUAUAUCUGCAACGCUGGUUAUCAAUUGCAAGGUGUUUUGUGUAGCAGUCAAGUUGCUCCUAUAAAUGGUUCGAUUGAUACUGCAUCUGUGGAGAUUAAUGGUGCAACAACUUUCACCUGCUAUUCAGGAUACUAUGUAGUCGGCAGCAGCGCGUCUGUUUGUCUUCCAAAUGGAACUUGGUCAAACGCACCACCAAUUUGCAAACGUAUAAUAUGUCCAACGACUGUUCCCACGCCUACUUAUGGAGCCGUCACCACAGGCACUGAUGAUGUAUUCAGUUCCAGAAAGUAUAAAUGCAACCAUGGUUAUCAGUUGCAAGGUAGCUCACAUGCCAUCUGUCUCUCAACUGGCUCAUGGUCUAGUCCAGCACCUAUAUGCAAACGUGUUGUAUGCAGCCAUCAAAAUCCUCCUCCUAAUGGUGCUAUUGCUAGUGUGUCCUUAGAGAUAAGUGGCGCAACAAUUUUCACCUGCAGUUCCGGGUACAAACUUCUCGGUAGCAGUGCAUCAGUUUGCCUUCCAAAUGGAACUUGGUCAAACACGCCUCCAACAUGCGAGUCAACAUCAACGCAAUGUCCUGCCAAUCCACCUCCUCCAUUUAAUGGUAUCGUAUCUCCUGGCGGGCGAAAUGCUUUCACGACAAGAACAUACUCGUGCAAUACCGGAUAUCAACUUUCUGGCGCAACAACAACUAUUUGUCAAACAACAGGAGCAUGGUCUGGAACACCACCAACAUGCAGACGUGUGGUAUGUAGCAGUCAACAUGCUCCUUCUAAUGGGGCUAUUGUUAGUAUGUCCUUGGAGAUUUAUGGCGCGACAAUUUUCACCUGCAACUCGGGAUACACUUUAGUCGGUAGUAGCGCAUCUGUUUGCCUUCGUAAUGGAGCUUGGUCGACUUCACCGCCAAUUUGCCAGCGAAUAAGGUGCUUGUCCCCGCUCGCUCCUCCGAUAAAUGGCAAUGUCUCCAGUGGUAAUGCUGUGUUCUUCAGCACGCGAGAGUACUCGUGCAGUCCUGGCUAUGAAAUUUACGGUGCAAAGUCUACUGUAUGUCAAUCCGAUGGCAACUGGUCAGUCUCGUCUCCCACAUGCAAAGAGAUCAAAUGCGACAACCUUCCGUCUACUCCAACCAAUGGUUUCCUGGCUGGACAACAGAACUGUCUGGGCUCUACACGUGUGUUGGGCUGUGAUGAGGGAUAUAUACUUCAUGGAUCUGACCGAGUAAUUGUGUGUCAAGCAGACAAAACCUGGUCAACGACUAGUGCCACUUGCGUUCCAAGAGAUUGCAGCACGGUGGCAGGCCCCACCAAUGGCAUGGUGUUUCUGACUGGCUACACUGUUGGCGCAACGGCUUCAUUCAUGUGUUCCCAUGGUUACACACUGAUCGGCUUUUCCUCUGCCACUUGUAAUCAUGGAGGAGUCUGGUCCUCUCCAACACCCAACUGUGAUCGAGUGAUGUGCCCCAACGUCAAUGCGCCUGCAAAUGGAGCAGUCUCCACUGGUGAUACCGAGGUGUUUACCGUGCGAAGAUUCACAUGUGACACCGGGUUCAAUCUUGUAGGUAAUCCAGCAACAGUGUGUAUGGUAACUGGCACUUGGUCCGAUGGUACACCUCAUUGUAUUGAGAAAACAACAACCUGCCCGUAUUUGCUGGCACCGGCCAAUGGAUUCAUAGAUAAUGGAAGCCUAGAUGUUGGGUCCUCCCGCGAAUAUUCUUGUUCAGACGGAUACAUAACAACUGAUUCAACGCACACAGCUUGCUUGAAAAACGGACAGUGGUCUCAGUCCGUUCCAUGCUGCUUCACCAAACAUAGUACCGGUCAACAAGCAGGUGCAUCUUCAUCAUCCUCAAAUAUCAUUGCAGGUGUCAUUGGCUUCUGUAUUGGUUUGCUAACACCCAGUGCUUUGAUUGUAAGUUACAUUGCGCGUUCCCGACGCAGGAGUCGGCGGAUCACCGUUACUGACAACACCGUCCAGCAAUCUGCUCUAUUUACUAACACGUUGACCAGGAGUGAUGUGUACCAGAUGGACGUGACCACGAUCGAACCAAACCUAGAGCCACAGUAUGCGUCUUUGGGCCAAAUUUAAUCCACCAUCAUUUGCUUCUCUCACUCACACUUAUUCAAACGACGUACAUCUCUUUUUGUUUUCAUUUAUAUUUUUGGCAGCGGUUAUUGUAACUUCCACAUGUAAAACUAAACCCGGAGGGAAAGUAGUGAAAGAAAGGAUUGAACAUAUCUCACAUUUCUCACAAGAUCGUUUAAUGAUCAAUAAAUGCUCUUUCACACGAUCCCGGACAUUAUGUACUUUUCAGAAAUAAAGAUAAAACCAGAGUUUUUGAAUAAUUUUGGGCAAAGAAACACAUCCAUUUAGUGCUCAAUUUCAACUCAAUCUGCAGUCUGUAUAUUGUGUAUGUGCCGCAUUUGUUGGUCUCUCGUAGCCCACAAGUUACUGUGUUCAAUUCUGAAUAGUACGAUGAGCAGGGAUAUGAGUUAGGGGGCUUACGCCCAUCGUAGUCGUCUUCUUCCACGCCGUGCGGGCCUGGUGAUUUGGCUUGGAUUGAAGGAGAGAUCGUAUUCUUGAAUACGCUCGGAACAAUUUGGCAAUAGUUUCAACAUACAUGUAAUUAAUUUGUCUUCUAACAAUUUCUAUUGAAUUUAAAGAUAUGAAUCCCCUUUCACCACGUACCCGGUUCUUGCUUUUUUGUGAUAUUUUGCUUUUGU